AUGACCACAUCAGCUUCCAUUUUCACCAAACUACAGUUACGAGAAACUAAUAAUAAAGCCAGAGGACGACGGUUCACAUUGGAAGAAAAAUUAUUAAGUUUAUCUCUAUACAAACAAAGUGCAAAAUGUUAUAGACUAUUAUCUAAAUUGUUUACAUUACUUGGGCGAAAGUCGUUAACAAAUUUACUGUCAAAAAUACCUAUUGGUACUGGUGUCGAUAAAUCCCUAAUUGAAGUGUUGCAAAAAAAUGUAUCAAAAUUAAAUGAAAAACACAAGAUCUGUGUACUUUUAUUUGAUGAAGUGAGUAUCGAACCACAUUUGCAGUAUGAUGAUAGUACAGGAUUCAUAAGUGGCUUUGAAGAUAAUGGUAUUUCUAGGACACAACAAUUUGCAGAUCAUGCCUUAGUCUUUAUGAUACGAGGAGUUAUAAAAAAAUACAAGCAGCCAAUAUGUUAUACAUUUUGUAAAAGCACCACUAGUCGUUAUGAUUUGCCGAAUCAAAUUAAAAAGGUUGUAAAGGCUAUUCAUUCAACUGGUCUUAAAGUAAUUGCUACCCAUAUGUGA